AUGGUUCGCGUCAGUGUCGCUGCAUUCCUGGCUUUCGCCCUUACUGCUUUCGCCCAAGUCACGCCCAACAACGCCGGAGCUAAGAACGUCGGCCAGGGCAAUGGGCAGCAAUUCAUUACCGGAGGUUGUGUAUCGGAUGCCGACUGCUCAUCGGCGUGCUGUGCCGAAGUCCAAACUACUGGCCUCGGAGUCUGCUCUGCGGAGGCCGCAUCAAACCAGAACGGCAAACUCGGCUGCGGCUUUGUCGACCCGAAUGCUGCCCAGACUAUCGCUGAUGCUGAGGCUCAGGUUGAGAAGCAGGGUUUCUAA